UAUUAAAAAAUUUAAGUAGAAUAAUGCAAUAUUAUUUAAUAGCAUUAUUAUAAUGUUUUACGUACACAUGUAAUAGUUACAAGUACAAAAAAAUUUUGAUGAUAUAAUAUACAUAAUACAAUGUAUUAAAUAUUAUGUAUAAUACACAUACACACACGUGCGCGCGCGCGUACGUGUGUGUAUGUGUGUAUGAGUAUAUCUAUUUUAUUAUUAGCUUCAUUUUAUGUUCAGAUAAUACAUGAUUUAAUAAUUAUAUAAAUUAUUCAUUAAUGACAUCAGUAACCUGAACUUCAGUUUACAUAAAAAUUCAUUUUUGUUGCGUUUUUCUCAUCUAUGAGAAGAUAAGUUACAAAUUGCGCUUAUACUAUCUUGAUAGUCUACACAUCGUUGAAUGACAAAUUCUGUAUCGAUGGGACCAAUGAUAAAAACGUAAAUCGAGGGAUUAAUGAAUAGAAUUGUGCAAAAAAAUUUUAUCAGCUAAAUGAGGAUAUUGGUUCAAAUUCAAAUAACAGUAUUGUCCUUAUGUUAUAAUUUAAUUGUACAUAAUGACACAUUAUUGUGUACUUUUCAUAAUAACAUAAGUUUUAAAAAAAAAUGUGCGUAGAAUAAUUUAAUAUUUGUGGGAUACAAUAUUCAUAUACAAAUUUUAAUUUAUUAUACUUUAAUAAACACACGAAAAUAUUUCAUAAUUACACUGUAUGAAUUAGCUCUGAAACAAAUAUCAAUAAAGACAUUUUGUGUAUUAAUAAAAAAUAUAUUUUAAUACUUUUUUUGCAUCUUGAGUAAUGUUCAUGUUACAGAUGUGUCAUUUAUUUAAUAAUUUAUAAUUUGUUUAUGUAAGAAUAAAAAAAUUAAGUUCUAAAAAGUUUUGAUAUAAAAACGUCAAACAUGCCUUUAACAAAAAUUAUUUAUAAAUGUAAAGUUUAAAAACAAUCUUUCAUUAAUUUUGCGAAAAAUCCAUUGAUCCACGUGGACACACUACAAUCAAUAUCUUUUAGCUUUAUGUGUGCACAUUAUUCAUAUACAGCAAUUAUGUUAAAUUUCUUUUUUUUUUGCUGUGCGUCCUAAUGGCGUCUUAAUGACAAAUGUUGUUCGAAGAGCGUCAUAGUUAUCUCACAGCUAUAAUAAAUGACAUUUGACGUGUAACUUUUCACCAUUUCACGCGGAAACUUUUCGCAGUAUUAAAUUCAAAUUCAGUGCGAAUAGAUCAACAAUAAAGUGACUAAUAUAAUCUUUAAUAUAAAUUUUAAUGUCACGUAAAAAAAAAAUUUUUGCAAUUCUACUCAAGUUCUGAUAUUUUAUUUAACAAUACAGUGCAUUUGUAAAGUGAUUAAUAACUCUUACGCUGUUCUUUCAUGAUAUUUCAUAAAUUAUGUUUAACUGGUCGAAGUUACAAAGACAAGGCAAUUAUAAACUGCGAAAAAGAUGGCGAUUGUUCCAUGCCACGGAUUUCGAAUCGUUGAUGAAUCCGUCUUUCACCUUUUGCCAGAUUCUUGGAUUAUUUCCAUAUAAGAUCAAAGAUUCGACCAUCAUGAUUUCCAAACCACGUUAUAUUCUUUCAACCGUCGUUGUCUGUAUUUGCUUUAUUGGGUUAUUGAACAAUCUCUAUAUAUUCAAUAUUUGUGGGAGUAGUUGCAAGAUAUAUUAUAAAGCCGUACCCAGGAUUCUUGAGCGAAACUUUUUUUACAUACUUAGUACUUUUAUAGUGACUGCUACAUACAUUUUGAAUAAUCCGCGAAUGCGUCUGCUCCAAACUAUAAUGAAAAUCUCUUCGAAAUUGCCUUCGGAAUCAUAUCAAAAGCUAUCUAAAAUAAUUCAUAUCAAGGACAUUUUAGUUUCCAUCUGUCUUAUUGUAGAAGUGCCGAUAUAUUUAAAAAUGAAUAUCCCUUUUGCACUCAAGAUUUUCUUAAUAUAUAUUAACCUACUAAUAUUUCAGCUGGAUAUGUUGUAUAUGAAUUGUGUUUGUGUACUAAAGGCUUGUUUCAAGAGAAUCAAUGAUAAUCUAGAGCACAUACGGAAGGACAUAAUGGAAGAUAAGGUGUACCAUCUUGGCCGAACAUACAAACAAAAGAGUUUAUUCUUACUAAUCGAACUAAAGGCUUUGAGAAAGCAAUAUUUGAUGAUUAGUAACGCAGUGCAGAUGCUAAACAUGAUUUUCAGUUUGCAGCUUCUUGCUACCAUAGUUUUAACUUUUGGAGAGAUCACUUUCGAGCUCUACUUUCAUAUACUUUUUUGGCAUGACGGCACAUCUGUGAUCAAUAUGGACGAUUAUCUGUAUAGCGUAUACUUAACGACAUCCAUAAUAUAUUACUUUAUGAAAAUAACAUUAAUAGUGUGGGCUUGUGAGACCGGUAAGGAUCAAGCUGUGCAGAUCGGCACCAAUGUUCAUGAUGUGCUUAACAGCACAGUUAAUAAUGAAAUCAAAGCCGAGUUGCAGUUGUUUUCCAUGCAAAUUUUGCAUCAUAAAAAUAAAUUUUCUGCAAAGGGUCUUGCUGUGGAUGCGACUCUUCUUACUGCAAUUGUGGGCAACAUCACCACUUACUUAAUCAUUUUGGUACAAUUUUUAACCAUGACAAGAUUUUGCAAUAAUAAAUUUGCAAAUGCUACACAAAUAUCUCAAUAAUGAAUAUGUAAUCUAAUGAAUAAAUUUUUAUUUUAAUGAUAAAAUAUGUUCUAUUAAAAUAUUUUAGUGGAAUAACCACACAAUGUUAUUUCAGCGCAUUAUUAAUAAUGUUUUACGUACACAUGUAAUAGUUACAUUUGCAAAAAAAGUUUAAAAUAUAAUUAUAUACAUUAUAUAACGCAUUAAAUUACAUAUAUAUAAUUAAUGAAUAGCAUUGUACCUAGAAAUUUUAUCAGCUGAAUGAGGAUAAUUCUUCUCGGUUCUAAUUCAGAUAACAUUAUCCUUAUGUUAUAAUUUAAUUGUACAUGACACAUUGUUGUGUAUUUUUCAUAAUAAUAUAAGGUUUUAAAAAGAAACAUGCGUAGGAUACUUUAAUAUUUGUGGAUACACUCUUUAUACACAAAUUUUAAUUUAUUAUACUUUACUAAACACACAAAAAUAUUUCAUAAUUACUCUGCAUAAAUUAAGCUUCGAAACAAAUAUCAAUAAUGACCUUUUGUGUAAAAAAAAACAUUUUAAUACUUUUGCAUCUUAAGUUACAUGUUCGUGUUACAGAUGUGUCUCAUUUAUUUAAUAAUAUAAAAUCCGUUUAUGUUUAAGAAUAAAAAAAUUAAGUUCUGGAGAGUUCUGAUAUAAAGACAUCAAACAUGUCUUUAACAAAAAUUAUUCAUAAAUGUAAAGUUGUAAAGUUUAAAGAACAAUCUUUAAUUAAUUUUGCAAAAGGUCCAUUGAUCCACGUGGACACAUGCAAUCAAUAUCUUUCGCUUUAUGCGUGCACAUUAUACAUAUACAGCAAUUAUGUAAGUUAUGUAUUCUUAUUUUUGUUGUGCGUCCUUAUGAUGACAAAUGUUGUUCGCAGAGCGUUGUAGUUAUUCCACAAUUGUAACAAGUGACUUUUGACAUGUGACUUUUCACCAUUUGAUGUGGAAACUUUUUGCAGUAUUAAAUUUAAAUUCAGUGCGCAUAGAUCGACAAUAAAGAGACUACAAUUUUUGUAAAAAAAACUAAUUUUAAUGUUACAUGAAGAAUAAAAUUCUUGCAAUUCUA